UUUCUGGUCUCCAGACAGCAAGGCCCAUGCUUUUGGUUCCUUUAGGUUUGCUUCUUGAGACAAGGGUAUAGUAUUAAUCAAGCCAUCAGGAUUAUGUAAACAUCAUUCACAUUCAACAAAAUCAAAAGCAAAGUGCACACUGCUGAGAAUUAUCAUAUAACUUUGUCUGUACAUUUUUAAUUUGGGUAUAUAAAAGCUAGCUUCUCUCAGCCCUUAAGAAAUGGUGCUUGUCUUUGUUUUUCCAGGGCAGUGUUAGAGUCAUAGGAUCAAAGGAUUAAGUUCAAAAUCUUGUGAUUUUCCUCUCUUGAAACAAUGACAACUCAUGAAUGAAGAAGUUCAUGUUAUUAGAGGAAUAACCUGCAACUAUGAAUGAGUUUGGAACUGGAAGAUCAAUGCCAUGGAACAUGUACCCAAGUCCGUCUCAACCUAUACUCGAUAACGAACCACCAUUGAAAACCUUGGGGACAUCUAUGAAUGCCGUUUCUUUCGGCUUUAUUGCUACAGCCAUCUUGAUAUCGAUGUUUGUUAUCAUGGCCAUCUUCGAACACCUUUUUCAGCCAAAUCCUGCUUUUUCUUCACCCAAUGAAGACGGUGCUCUAGGAUCCAGAGUGGCCGAAAAACUCGGGAAUCCACAAAGAGUAUCGACAUCGUAUGCGACUGAUUUGAUGGUGGUGAUGCCGGGAGAACAAAAUCCAACCUAUAUAGCUCAGCUUGCUCCUCUCCCUUGUCCAAGGGAAGGCAUCUAUUGGCCUCCUCAUGAACAUAUUUUUGUAUAUCCUUAAGCAUACAUCAUCAUCCAUGAUGUUUUUGAAUACAUUUAUCAAUAAUCAA